AUGCGCGCAAUCUUUACACUUAUCAUCGGCAUUUGUUGCACAGCUUUCAACGACGCAAAAAGCAUUCGGUUCAAUGAACCAAGGUCAACAUUGCGGGGACGGGUUGUAUUCCCUAGUGGCUCACGCGAACCAGUCGAAUCGGAUGGCGUUUUGACUGUCGAGUUACAGGAUACAUCAUUGAUGGAUGCGCCUGCAAAAAUUAUUGGGCAAGGUGUUGGCAAAGCUAUUCGAUUUCCAAUGGCUUUCGCUGUAAAAUUCCCACCCAAGGAAAUUUCGAAAGGCCACAGUUAUUCAUUACAAAUCUCAAUAAGAAAUAAAAAGAACGAAUUGUUGUAUGUCAAUGACUUUCACGUCAGCGUAGUACCCACUGGCGCCAACCGAACAAAAUUUAUCGACGUGCCGGUUGUGCUCGUUGCAAAAUCCAAACCCAAAGAGGAGAAAAAACAUCAAUGGCCAGAAUUACUUGGCACAAAUGGACAAGAAGCCGUUAAUAUCAUUAAAAAAGAAACAGGCUUUAGCCAAGUCGUAGCAAUCCGUGCAGGAUCAAUGGUUACCAUGGAUUAUCGUAACGAUCGAGUUCGUGUUUACGUUGAUAAAAAUGGCAUUGUUACCAGGACACCUAUCAUUGCAUAA